UGUGUUAAAAGAAGGAUUUUCCACAUCAAGACACUGGGAAAGGUUGUCUGGGUAAAUAAUCCAUAACACAGUUAACGUGAUGAAGUAGUCUACUUCAAUACACACUGAUAUAAAUACGUAUGACUUGCUUGUUUCAGCAAUGUCAGCGUCUCAAUUUUAUGUCCGAUGCGGCCAUGAGUGUCCAAAAACGUAUAGAUAUUGUGUUAGGAACAUUUUUCCAGUGCAUUUUUCUCAUUAUUACUCCAUAGAUUGGCAACAUGUAUAUACAUACAUACAUAUAUAUAUUUAUUUGCAUUUUCUUGUUUUUUGCAAUUCUCACGGUUUUUCCUAUACAUCAAUUAGCUUUGCUUUUAAUAACUAGCUCAACAACUUAUCUACUUGAGGCUACCGACUCACUUGAGAACAGUAUUUAUUUGACUGUAAAUACGUCAAUACUUAAACAUGACUAAUUCAACAGGUAUGCCUCGAGUAAUGGAUUGGAUAAUCUCCUGGGUUUUCCCAAAUUUUGAAACUUCUUACGUGGAAUGGGACUACACCUUAAAUCCGACCAUGGAACCCUUCACAUUCGAGCGAGACUACACAAAUUUAUCUUUUUCCCGAAAGUGGUGGUGGGAAAAUUCGUACCUCGUCGUCCAAAUUGCGGUCACAUAUAUAAUCGGGAUUUUUGGCUUGGCCUGGUGGAUGAAGAACCGGAAGCCAUACAAUCUUCGGAAAGAGUUAUUUGUCUGGAAUUUGUUACUGGCUGUUUUCUCAGCGGUUGGUUGGAGUCGGGUAUUUUCCGAAUUUUUGGAUGUCAUUUCCGGUCCGAAUGGAUUUCAUAGAUCAGUCUGCGUCAGGGACACGCUAAACAUCUCGUCCGGAUUCUGGUUGGUGGUGGCACACUGGUCUAAACUAGCAGAAUUUGUGGACACCAUCUUCAUUGUGUUGAGAAAGAGACCACUAACAUUUUUGCAUGUUUAUCACCAUGCCGUCACGUAUGUUCUUUGCGUCAGUUCUUUCGUACAGGGGGAACCCAUUAACCGGUAUUAUGGAUCUAUUAACUUCCUGGUGCACACGGCAAUGUACACUUAUUUUGCACUGUCGGCAAUUGAUUACAAACCACCGCGUCGUCUCGCAAUGUGUCUUACAGCCAUGCAAGUUUUUCAGUUUGCCUUUAUUAUGGGUGUCCAUUUCUACGCAAUUGGUGUAAAAUUGAGUGGUCAAUUAUGCGCGAUAUCUAAUGAAAGCAGUAGUGUUACACUAAUGGUAUCCAUUUCCUACUUCGUCCUCUUCUCGCACUUCUUUUAUAGAAAUUAUUUACGCCCUAAUUUAAAAUCGAAUGAAUUAAAGACUUAAAGGGACAACAUUGAUAAUGCAUUCCAUUUUGGAUCAAACUCAAAAAUAAAAAAAUAGAAGUUUAAUGUGCAAA